AAUGAGGAGUCGGGAUGCUCAAAAUCAGCAAGAGUAACCGCCACGUCGCCACAGGGCACGAGACGUACGGCUGUCAUUACAGCCAGGGAACAAAGUACGGGGAUUUCUCUGCUCUGUAAUAUGCUUAUUACUGCAAUACAUCGCAUUGAGAUUGUGACGACGACGAAGGAAUUGACGGUUGAGGAACCUCCUGAGAGACUGCAAGCGCGGGCUUUUGAUGAAUUCGGGAACAUGUUUACAAGUCUAAACGUUCAGCUAUUCGAAUGGAUACUAUUACCCUAUACGGGACAAAAAGGAUCAGAAGUGGCUGAAGCCGAUGCAACUACAAUAAUAAAAUUUGUGCCAUUUGAUGAUUCAACGUAUGAUGGUCGUGAGCAUGAUGAUGCACGGCAUCUCGAGAGGAAAGGCCUGAGGGGAGAUCAGAUAUUGGCAGAAGGCAUCUUGACGGGAAUGGCCGUGGUGCAAACGAGACUGACGCACACAGCAUGGAAGGAUGUUCCUGCUUCGAGUGUGACUCUGCGUGUUGUUGAGAACUUGUCCUUGCAGCCGUCAAAUGAUGUUUAUAUUAUGGUGCAUUCGUAUGUGGAUUUUGUUGUGGAGAGAAAACGGCACGGACGAACAAUCGUGUUGCCUAUGCCACAACAGCCGUAUGAAUUGACUGUCACCAACACUACAGUUGGAUCAAUGAACCAGAGUAUUAGCAGGUUCACUGGACUGGUAGUUGGAUCAACAGACGUGCAGCUGAUCAACAGAAACGUAGAUGCUGCUGUGUUCACUCGUGUGCCAACUGGGACGGUUCAUGUCAUUUCACCUGGUCAUCUUGGACUUCACUUCUCAUUGUCUGUAGGUUUUGAGAUUUCAGGUGGCAAUUGGAUGCUCGAGCUCAACAAGACGUAUGACGUUACUAUCCACGUCUAUAAUAGACAAAACCGGCGGCUUCGUGUGACCGAUAACGUUCGCAUUCUCGCUGGAUUUCCGCAGUUCUAUUUUGAUGUUUUGUACUCGACGGUUAACGGAUCGUUUCAUACUGUAAGGCCACUGAAUGUCGGGGACGUCACUUUGCUUGGAGAUCUUCGGGCAGUUGUGAUCGAAGAAUCUGGUGAAUCACAUCAAUUCAAACCUUCGAUAACUGGUGAUCAACCGGCUGAAAUCUACAGCUCCAUAACGAUUGUGCCUCAGCUGGUCGUGUUGCCGUGGGAUCCUCAACUUGUCGGCCAUUAUGACUACCAACUCGAGGCUGUGGGUGGCAGUGGAGAAUACGAUUGGUCGAUCGAUAAACGGUCUGUCGGACGGAUGGCUGAUCAAGGUCUUGUUACAGUAGUCGGUCAAGGAGCUGCAAAGCCAAAGGCAGCUGAUAAUAAAAACAGUGCCAUUUUCAAUACGUCUCAGCUAUUUGUGGUGCCACCUGCUGAGAUAAAGUUUCUACUUGCGGAAGUCGAAGCUUUAAUCGGAAAACGGAUUGAUCUACCGUUGUCUGUCAAGGGUUUAAUACAAGAAGAUGGCAAGGAACAUAUGGUCUUAUUCAACGAUUGUCGAAAACUUCAGUUUAAAUGGGAAUUCAGUGACUCGGGAAUUUUCAAGAUAAUUAACUACACAGACUACAAUUUGUCUGAUCUUUGGAAUGGUAGCUGUGGUUUUGUUCGUGUGGAGGCUUUGAAGCAAGGCCACACAACGUUGACGGCAACUUACAAACGUUCUGGUGUUGCCCUGACGGCUUCGAUACUGCUAGGAGGAUACCCACCACUCAAAUUGAUAUUGCCUAGUCAACCAGCUUUGGUAACGCUGGCAUCUUCAUAUCUAUAUCAGUUCGAGGGAGGCCCACUACCUUGGCCUUUAGACCAUUUGGGAUUUACACGAAACUUGAAGUCAGGCGAUGAAAACGCGGUAAAGAACGAAGGGAUUGGAGAACGAAGAGUAGCAUCACAUGCAUACAGAGUGCAUUGCAGGCAACUUGGAGAUCAGAAUCUGACUCUUACGGUACGAAAUCGACCUUCUGCUAGGAACCCAUUUCCGGCUUCAGCGUCUAUUCACACAAGCAUUUUAUGUCGCCUUCCAAUUUCUGCUCAACUGCAGCCUCACCUCCUUCCUGAUGUGGUGAGAUCUUGUCCAUCAAUCACAGAUGAGAAGCAAGUGGUUCAUGUUGCAUCAGAUCAACAAAUUUCUCUUGUUCUGACGGUACAAGACAAUGACGGUCAAGACUUUGAUAAUUUUACGUCACUGGAUUGGCACUGGGAAAAGACAGUUGAUGAUAUAGUCGAAUUCUUGGAAGGAAAUUCACCUCCAAAUCAGGAUGGGAACAAAGCUGUCCAACGUGUCCAAGUGUCUGGACGUCAAUCUUCAGUGGAACUAUCUGCGACAUCAAACAACUACCUUUCCGACUACUUGACAAACAUUAAUCUCAAUUCAAAGGAAGCGUUAGGAUCAUCUGUUCGAGACACAUUAAUGUUUCGCAUAGAAUCAGCUCCAAGUAUUAUCCCAGCAUCUCUCAUUUUAUACAAUCAUUAUGACAAUUCUGAGGCUUUGUCUAUUCAGAAUGGCUCUGGAUUUUAUCACGUUGAAUUAAGGCAAAGUACUGCAGACGAUGUGAUUGAGUAUGACCACGAUGCGAGAUCGAACCAAGUAAAGGUGAUUCCUCUUCAUGAUGGUCGUGUCAAUGUAGUUGCUCGUGAUUUGUGUUUGAUAUCAACCGAGACAAGCACAUCAGCUAUAGUCUAUGUAUCAGGCAUCUAUAGGUUCAACGUCCAGGUUGUAGACAAGGUGCAAGUUGGAGGAUCUAUUGUGGCAGUUGUGAGAGUUAUUGACCGAUGGGGAAACAGUUUUCCAUCGUCUCAGUAUCGCUACAUGAAUCUGAGAGCACACGCACUACAACCGAUAUUGGAUUUUAGCAAUGUCACUCAAAAGCAAUACAACUUGGUCUCUGAUGAGAAUCGAAAAGACAGCGUUCUAUUUUCCCUGAACGGUCUGAUUGAAGGGAUGACUCAGAUCGUCUUCAAUGCGACAGCUCCUGGAAAUCAACUCAUUACCAGUGAUCCUUCUACUAUUCACGUGUUCUCAGAACUCAAAGUCGAUCCUGCAGAGGUCGUCCUUAUUCCAACGGCGACUUUUCAGAUCCUAGUGACUGGUGGUCCAAGACAUGAUGCCAGACUGGUGUUCACGUCUCUAAACAUGACGGUGUGUUCUGUUGAUUCAGCUGGUCUCAUUACAGCCGUCAUGCCGGGUCACACAACAGUCACAGUUGUGAGCCAGUCGGGAGAGACGGAGAGAAUUGUGUACAGUGAGGCCACCGUCUUAGUGACAGUCUUGAAACUAACCGGAAUUAAGAUAGCAGCACCAACAAAUCAGCUGCUCAUUGGAACAGAGAUUGCUGUCUACGCAACUGACAGGAACACUGAGACUCCGUUUUCGUUUGUGUCUGCUGUUCAUGGAUUGACAUUCCAUUGGUCUUCCAGCAAUGUUGAUUUAGUGUCACUUCAUUCGGUGUAUGACAAGGCAGGUUAUACGUUGCAAACGGAUCCGGAUUUUGCCGUUCGUUUGAGGACAAACAAAGUGGGUCGUUCUCGAGUCUCACUUCAAGCACGUUGUCCACCGAAUGCAUGUGAACCGGAUGAAGCGACAUUUAGUGACACACUGGAUGUUCAGGUGCUAGAAUAUCUUCAACUGAUUUACCCGAAAGACGGCCGUCUUCUUCUUCCUCACAAUGCUCACAGUCUCAUCCGAACAAACCGCGAUGGCAACAGUCAGAUUCUAUAUUCAAUCUUCUCUCCUCAGAAUAAUCAUUACGGCCAAGCCAGUGACACUUCAGUCAUUCGUGUUUCUGCGAAUGGGCAGAUAACGACAGGAAGUCUUGACGGGGAGUUUGUGGUUGUGGUGACGUCGGUUGAAUCAUACGGAUUCAAUCAGACCGUCCUUGUUUAUGUGGAAGUAAAGCCAAUACGAUCAUUGACAAUCGUUUCGUUGUCAGAUGUGAGAGCCAACGAGAAUCACAUUCAUGCGUUUCCGAUUGGUUAUAGUGCUCCGUACUCGGUGUCAUUGCACGAUGCAGUGGGUCGUUCGUUUGAUGUUGCUGACGUUCCAAUUCGGUACAGAAUGAACAGAUUUGAUGUUAUGAGGAUUGAAAUGAGUGCCGGGAAUGGCACUUUCAUUGUCAAAGGCGUCAAGAUCGGGCAAGUAAUACUGAAGAUGUGGAUUCCUAGUUUGCCUCAAGUUACUGACUACAUCCGAGUACGAGUUGGCUACGCACUGAGACCAAUGCCUGCCAUCAUCCAUCUGGGCAGUACGGUCUGCUUUGCCACACAUUUACACUUUGAGCAUGGAAUUUGGUCAUCGUCGAAUGUAAACGUCAUACAGAUUAACAACUACACGGGUGCUGCAACGGCUUUGUCUACAGGCCCGACUCUGAUUUCGUAUGCCGCUGAAGAAAUCGUUAAUACACACAUUGAGGUCACCGUUACCGCAGUACAACGAGUGAAUCUUGAUCCUCCUACUCAAUUGUUGAUAUCAAACUGGUUUCCACGGAGACAGAAUAUGUUAAGGAUUCCGGUGACGUUUGUGACCGACGUUGAGGGAAAGGAAUUCUCGCCUGUUGUUGAUCGGGGAUUGGAUUGCGAUCAGGCUGAUGCGAAGAAUUACAAGCAGCAGGUGCAAUUUGAAUGUCGUUUAUCUUUUGAGCUUCUUGAGACGAACAGGCAUGCGAUAUCAGCGUCGGAUGUCUUUGAAUGCAGUGCUGUGUUUGAUUCAGUGACUGGGUUAAGUUAUUGUCAGCUUGUUCCAGUUGUUGUUAACUCAGUUGCGGUUUUGGGUAUCAGUCAACUUGAGGGAACUCUUGGUGUACAAGUGAAUGCAUUUGACUCUCGUAAGACUUAUGUGGUUGUGUCUGAUGCUUUGGAGAUUUCAUUUAUUGGAGCAUUUGGUCUUCUGCAACAUCGUAUUGAAUUGAGCAGUGAGAGAAUGAGUGGAGAGGUUUUGGUGUCAGGCACUGAAAAGAUGCUAUCAUCGUUAGAGGUAAAUUGUCAGCAUUCUUCACUGUCUGCUCACUUGGUUCGUGAAGAUCCGACUUCAAUCCAUGCCGUUGUACAAUUAAAGCUCAAGUCAGUGAGAGACAUCGCAGCAUAUGAAGUCUUCGUGGUCAGUAGACUUACUGGUCAGUCGGAAACUAUAACGGUAGCCAUGGCGGAGUCCCAUAGUUUGUUGACGAAUCAACCUCUGGAACAGCAACCCGCAGAAACGGACUAUACAGCAGUCAUUCCUCACGUUAACUGGACUGAAAUCGCCACCAUUAUUGAGCCAUAUUUCACAUGGAAGACGUUGCUUGCAGUCAUUAUAUUGUUGAUUAUUCUUGUGCUCAGUUGCUAUAUUUUGUAUGCUCGUUCCGGUCCAGCCACGUCUGCUCAACAUCCUGUGUUUCAACCAUCUAGUCCUGUAUCGAGUCCAGCUUUUCCAUCUGGAACUCCUAAUACUCCACAGACGACGUUCAGUCAUUCAGGCAGUAUAUCACCGUUUCAUCCUGUCGGACAGAUUGGGCAGAGUUAUGACGUACGAUCACCUCUGCCGCCUAAACUAUUCUCCGAGUCAUAGGCUUACAUAGUUUACUUGUAGUACUUUAGUAGCAAUUGAUUGACUAUAGGAAUCUUUACCUGAAAGCUACACAAAAACUGCUUGUGUACUUUGUUAUCUGAAAUUUGCAAUUGCGUUAAUAAUGUCAGUUUCUAGAGAAGAAAACGACUAUAGAAAGUUGUGAUUUUGUGAAUAUGCAUGUGCUGGCAGUCGUUGUGUGACUGACUAAUACACGCAAUCGUUUAUGUGAGUUACACAACACUACAAAUACAAAACUGUUGA